AUGCAAUUGACACACCUUCUUGCCUUCGCCCUGUCGCUCGCUACGUCCGAGGCCGCCUACAAGGGCUUCAACUACGGUGCUACCAAGUCGGAUGGCAGCGUCAAGUCUCAGUCCGAUUUCGAAUCGGAGUUCUCCACUGCGAAGAAUCUGGUUGGCACUUCGGGCUUCACCAGUGCUAGAUUGUACACCAUGAUCCAAGGUGGCACUACCAACUCCCCUAUCUCCGCCAUUCCCGCUGCCAUUGCCGAAAAUACAUCCUUGUUGCUGGGUCUUUGGGCCUCUGGUGGUGGUAUGGACAACGAGUUGGCCGCCCUCAAGUCGGCCAUCUCCCAGUACGGUGACUCCUUCGCCAAAUUGGUCGUGGGUAUUUCCGUUGGUAGUGAAGAUCUCUACCGUGCCUCGUCCGAGGGUGAGAAGGUCAAUGCCGGCAUUGGAAUUGGCCCCGACGACCUGGUCUCGUUUAUCAAGGAGGUCCGGUCGAUCAUCUCUGGCACCGCCCUGAGCAGCGUCCCCAUCGGUCACGUCGACACCUGGACCGCCUGGACUAACGGCUCCAAUUCGGCCGUCAUUGACGCCGUCGACUGGUUGGGUUUCGACGGUUAUCCUUACUUCCAGAGCAGCAUGUCCAAUUCCAUCUCGGACGCCAAGUCACUCUUCGACGACUCUGUGGCUAAGACUAAGGCGGUCGCUAAGGGCAAGGAAGUUUGGAUCACCGAAACCGGCUGGCCCGUCAGCGGAAGCACUCAGAACCUCGGCGUCGCUUCCCUCGCCAACGCGAAGACCUACUGGGACGAGGUCGGAUGCCCCUUGUUCGACGAGACCAACACCUGGUGGUACAUCCUCCAAGACGCCAACCCCACCACUCCUAAUCCCAGCUUCGGUGUGGUCGGCAGCACUCUGAGCACCACCCCAUUGUUCGACUUGUCUUGCUCUAACAGCACUCGCCCAUCUGCUUCCGCUUCUAGCUCCGCUGCUGGCUCCGCGACUCCCGUCGGCUCUGCUGUUCCCUCUGGCUCCGCUGCUGUGAACCCUUCGUCGUCCGGAAUCGUGUCUAGUGCUGUUCCCUCUACUACCCCUGGCUUCACCGUCGGCAAGGGAUUCCGUCCGUCCAACUCCUCCGCUGCUGCCUACUACUCCAGCGCUUCUGCUAGCGGCUCGGCCUACCCUAAAUUCACCAAGACCGCUAGCGGUUCCUCCGCUACUUCCACCACCGCUGGUAGCUCUUCUGACUCUUCGUCGACCAACUCUGGCAAGUCCUCUUCGGAAUCUUCCUCAACCAACUCUGGCGCCUCUGCUUCUUCUUCCAUCCUUGCUACGGGCGGUGCCAGCUCCGUCUCGGGCUCCGUCUUCGGUGCUCUGGUUGCAGUCUUUGCAUUCGUGGCUACUUUGUAA